AUGUGGCAAAACCUCGAUGACCCGAAGGAUUACGAAGAUGCCACGCGAGGUCCCUCGUACAAGGCUUUACCCUCUUUGAGUUCGAACGCUGAAAUUCAAAUGGGAGGGGGAAACCGAAUGAACUUGCACUCAAGCUUGUUUCUCAUUGUUCAGAGGUAUCGUCGUUCGUUUGAAUACCGCAUCUGCAUUCGAACGUAA